UCCGUUCCCAGUUUUCUUUUCCCCUUGUAUUUUUUUUUUUUUUUAACAACACUCUCACUUCUAUCUUCUCUUUCUUUCUCUUUAUCACAACUAGCCUUCACUACCAAAUCCGCUUAAAACUAAUCUUUCAUUCCCUAACCCAACCCCUUCUUUUCUUCCAUGCCAAGUGUCCAAUCUCUAUAAACACACACCUUUUUCAUAUAUACCAAUUGUUUUCUAACUGAUUUCUUUAACUGUUAAUUAUAGUAUGGAUCCAACAUUCCCUCAAAACGGCUUUGGUGCUUCAGUUCUUAGUACCUCAGAGGAUUCGGUGUGGGACCACGCAACCAACCAAGAUUCGGUUGUUUCCGAUAGUGAGAGCGGUGUUUCCGGCACCAGAGUAGUGCACCAACACAGUCCCACGUUGUUUUUAGAAACGCUCGGAGAAGGCGACGUUGUUCACGACCUCAUCAAGAGGAGGUUCCUUAGUGGUUUGGGUUUGCUCGGUACCAAAACAGAGGUUGUCGCCAUUCACAGGAACGCUUGUUCCAGCGUGGUGUCGCAAGCGCGUGUUCAGUGCUUUCAUGUUUAUUCGAGAGCCAUGGCGAAACUGCGCCAUGGGAAUGCCAACGUGAAGUAUGCUUGGUAUGGAUCUCGUGGUGAGAAAGAUAUAAGAGAUGUCAUUUCACAUGGUUUUGGUCAUGCUCAUGGUCAUAAACUAUCUCUCUCUCCGGAUGAUUCUCCUCUCGAAAGUGUGAAAAACUGUGUUGUUGGCGAAGAUGGUGUGAGGCACUUGUUACUAUGCCGCGUUAUUCUAGGGAGAACAGAACUUGUGCUUCCUGGUACACAACAAUGUAAUCCGAGUUCAGAGGAUUAUGAUUCUGGGGUUGAUGGUUUUUCAACUCCUAACAACUACAUAGUUUGGAGUAGCAAGAUGAACACUCAUGUCUUGCCAGCAUAUGUUGUAAGCUUCAGAGUUCCUUCCUUGAAAGGGAUUGAGAAGAGUGAAGAAGAACCUUUGAGACCAUCUUCACCUUGGAUACCAUUCCCAACUCUGAUUUCUGUGCUUUCCAAUGUUUUGUCUCAACCUGACAUUGCGCUCAUCUACAAGUUCCUCAAAGAUCAUAGAGAAAAGAAGAUUUCACGAGGGGAACUGGUACAAAAAGUGAGACAAACAGCAGGAGACAAGUUACUCAGUGCAGUCAUCAAAUCUUAUAGAGCCAAGAAAAAACCUGAAAGCUUUAUGCAAACAAAGUCAAAGAAUGGAAGCCGGAUAACUAGAAGACGGAUAGAUUGAUUAUCUUCAUGUAAGAGUUCUAUUGAUAACAAGAAAAAUGAUCAAUGGAAUUGACACAAAGG